AUGUCUCAAGACUCUGUCCAGCCUGCGGAGGCGCGGUCUGGAUUCCCUCUCGAGGGCGGCUGCGCUUGCGGAAACAUCCGUUACGCCCUCAAGGCUGCGCCGCUCGUCGUACACUGCUGCCACUGCACCUCUUGCCAGCGUGAGUCCGGCACCGCCUUCGCGGUAAACGCCGUUGUUGAGAGUGAGGAGGUGGAGCUGCUCCCCGGCCGCACCACCACGCUCCAGCCGCUGGUCACGUUCCCUGGUGCCAUCCUCGACGACCAGACCCCUAGACGGUCCAGGCCUUCUGGACCGUCUGGACCGUCUGAGUGUUCUGGCCCUUCCAGUGCUUCUAGACCUUCUGGACCUUCCAGGCCCGGGUCUGCGGAUGGUACCGGCAGCGCGGAUGGGCUGACGAGAGACGCCAGAGACGCUCCCAUCGCCUCACCUAUUCUCCUCCCUGUUCCAGCCGAGUCAGGCGCGCCGCAGACCAUCGCCCGCUGCCCCGUGUGCCUGACUGCCGUCUGGAGCAACUACGCCGGGCUCCAUCUCCUCAAAUUCCUGCGCGUCGGGACCCUGGACUCGCCUGCCCUGCUCGGCGGUCCAGACGUCUACAUCUUCCUGCGGAGCAAACUGCCCUACGUCGAGAUCCCUGACGACGGGAAGCCCCGCUUCGAAGAGUUUUACCCGCAGAAGGAGGGUGUCUGGAGACCCGAGGCGCUGGUGAGGAGGGAGGAGCUGGGUGUGAGGAUCAAGGCGUGGCGUAAGGAGAAGGGCCUCGACGCUUGA